AUGAAUUAUACGACUUACCCUUUGAGCAACCGUGUCCACACUGAUACGGCAGGCCUCCCUACCUACGGCGUCAGGCCGGAGGGGUCAAGAGCCGCCAGGGUGUCCCGUAACCUACGCUUUGCGCUCUUCACAGCCCUCAGGGUCUUCCCACAGGCAGACAAGUUUAUCGUGCUGGAGGAUGACCUCGUCCUGUCUCCUGACUUCUACUCGUACAUGCAACAGACAGGGUGGGUGUUAGACCAUGACCCGUCUGUGUACUGUGUGUCAGCCUACAACCACCUGUCCUACGCCCACACCGCCCAUGACCUCGGCCGUCUCUACCGCGUCCACGGCUUCCCUGCCUACGGGUGGAUGAUGAAGAGGGACACUCUGGCCUACAUCCUACCCAAGUGGCUUCCUAGCAACGUGACACAUGACUGGGACUACUUCAUGGACACGAGCGCCAUCAGGGGAAGGAGAGAGUGUGUGGUGCCUGAGGUGAACCGCUCUUACCACGGAGGGGGAUCUGGCCUUCACCUCAGACUCUCCUGGUCCACGGAGCACCACUACCUCGCCCGACCGUAUAACCACCACGCCAGCAUCACCUUCAUCAACCUCACCAGGCUAGUAGAGGCCUCACCACCAUCGUUCGGCCAGACCAAGGUCUAUGUAGAGCAUGGAGAUAUACCCUACUAUACCUCCAUGAUGUUAGAAAGGCUGCUACAAGAGGAGUACGAGAGGGAGAUGGUGUCGCUGCUGAGGGCCGCCGUCCCGUUACAUGUAGACGACCUGGCGGACAACAAGAUACAGUUUUCACCUGGUGGCGUGUACGUGAUCUCUGCCGAUAUGAAGAGCGACAAGGACACCCUCGCCUUCAGGGACAUUGGGGAUAAAUUGGGUGUGUGGAGUGGUGACGCACGGGACAGUCACCAUUACAGCUGGCGACUUCACUAUCAGAAUGCUACCCUGCUAGUUGUUGGCACCCCGAUCUCCAGAUACACGCAUUUCCUCAAGAGGGGGACGCCGGUAGUAGGAGCGUCACCGAGCACUGAGCGCGACCUAGAGGUGCAGGAUUUGUGGAAGAGGUUCACUGCCCCUCUCCUCACACACUACCUCAGUCCCUUCAUGCCUGUAGGAGCGCAAAUGGUCAACCUGGUGCCCCUCACUCUACCUUCAAGUCCUUCGGCAGCAUCUAACUCAUCAUCGUCGACGGGCGGAAAGUCAUAUUAUUGAUCUCCUCAAGUGCGCGGAUUAGCAUCUUCUCCAUCGGCCUCACCAUCGUAAUCAACAUCUCCUUUCGCCAUCACAAUCUUACUUACCGUCACCACCAUCUUCCUCUCCUUCUCUUACCAUAUUAUUUACUAUCACAAGAAGUUCACCAUGAAGUCAUAUGCUUCAUCUAUCACCAUCAUAUUCACCAACUUAAAAUCAUCACCAUUUCUUUCACCAUUUCCUUACCAUCCUCACAUUCUUCGUUACCAUCAUAAAGGUCUUUCUCAUCAUUCCCAGUAUUGUUUUUCACAAUCAUGACUACCUUACUCACCGUCAUCGUCAUCUUCCUAACCACCACCAUUUCCCAAAUCAUCAUCAACAUCAUCAUAUUAUCAUCAUCACCAUCUUUCUUACCACCACCAUCACUAACUUCCUCACUACUACCACCUUCACUGUCAUCACCAUCUGUUUCACCAUUACUCCUAUAAACCCUUUACAGGACACAUGUGAACGAAGGAAUGUGUACAAAGACAAAUAGAUUAAUGAUAAAAUAAGAAUUUAUAUAUACAGUACAUUAUGAAUAAAGUUGUGAUAGAAAUGUGAUAGUGAUGUUGGGUAGUGUGGCAACUGAUGUGAUGAUGAUGUUUGGUUGUCAUGGUAACUGAUGGUGAUGUUCGAGUGUCAUGGCAACUGAUGGUGAAGUGAUGGUGAGUUGUCAUGGCAACUGAUGGUGAUAUGAUGAUGAUGUUGGGUUGUCAUGGCAACUGAUGGCGAUGUGAUGGUGAUAUUGGGUUGUCAUGACAAACCUAAGCCUUUUCAAGUCUCCAACUACAGCUUUUAUACCUCUUUCCGUUCUAAGGGAGGUGUAUGCGCCUACUGCAACACACGUACAACUAUA